CACGCACCUCAUCCUUUGUCCUCUCCUACCAAACCCUAACUUCCGGAAUGGCCUCUUCAAACAUCAGAGAUCUCCUGACGGCGUUCAGUCCAUCUCUGGACUUGUUCGCCAUCAGCUCCGGCGACGGUCGAAUCAAGAUUUGGGAUACUGUGAAGGGGCAGGUCCAGACUGAGUUUACAGACAUUGUAGCAUCCGAAGAUACAAGCAUAUAUGCUAAACGAGAAAGAGGGCACCUCUCAGUUGAUUACACUUGCAUGAAAUGGUUCUCUUCCGAACGAAAGAAGAAGAGGAAGCGUGGUUCCUCAUUUUUAGUUUUAGGAACUGGUGGCGGUGAUGUUUUGGCACUUGACGUGGCUGCGGGUCAUUUGAAGUGGAGAGUUAACGAUUGCCAUGCUGGCGGUGUUAGCUCCAUAUCAUUUGCAAGAAAUGCAUCAUGUCUUUACACAGCCGGUGCUGAUGGGAUGAUUUGUCAAAUUGAUUCGUUGACAGGAAACCUGUCAGGGAAGUUCAAAGCUUCCACAAAGGCAAUCUCCUCUAUGUCUGUGUCAUCAAAUGAGAAUAUAUUAGCAACUGCGGCUGCACAAAUGAAGAUCUUCAAUUUGUCUGACCACAAAAAGAUACAGAAGUUUUCUGGCCAUCCUGGUGCUGUUCGCUGUAUGAUCUUCACUGAAGAUGGGAAGUAUAUCCUCUCAUCUGCAGUUGGUGAAAGGUAUAUUGCAGUAUGGAGUAUAGAUGGUGGAAAAAAGCAGUCAGCAAGUGUUGUUCUCAAAAUGGAGCACCCUGCCGUCUUCGUAGAUAGCAGGUGCAUAGACAGUGGGGAAGUUGGUGAUAUAGGUCUAUACGUAUUAGCGAUUUCAGAAGUUGGUAUGUGUUACUUUUGGUUUGGACAGAAUAUUGAAGAAUUACGGAGUGCGAAGCCUACAAAAAUUUCACUAUCUUCUGAAGACAUUUUGUCUACAACAUACAAGGGUGCAUUACCCACAAUAUUUGCUGCGGUUAUUCAAGGAAUUGUGAAAACUGCUUCUGGGCAGGUAUUUGUUGCUUAUGGGUUGCCAGUGAAACCUUCAUUCCAGAAAAUUUUGGUGCAUUCUGGAACAGACAUAAAGUUGAGUAGCUCCCAUGACGGGGUUCUUCUACCAAUGAGUCAGUCUCUUGUCAAAUCUAAGAAAGGACAAAAUGUACAAAAUAGAGUUAUUGCAUUAGAUCGAGCAAAUGCAGAAGAGGCGUUGCAUCCAAUGCCAAAGAUAUUUGAUUCACACAAGAAAAAGAAAAGACAUGAUAAAUUGAGUUUUGACCAAGAUGAAGAAAUGGCUGAUUUGGAUGACAGCAGGGGUCAUGCUGGCCUUGUGAAGAGCAAAGAUGACAUGGUAGAAAUUGAAGCUGACACAGCAGCAAUUUGCAUGGAGGACAGACUGAGAGCAUUAGGGAUACUUAGUAAAGUAGAUGACCCUACGUUCCACUCGACACUCAAUUCUGCAACAUUUAAGAGUAUUGAUCUUCAGACAAAUAUGCCGCAUAAGAAGAUGAGGGAAGCUGUGCUAUCAUUAGAACCUAGUGACGCAUGCAAAUUAUUGGGGGUUCUGGUGGCCAUGUGGCAAACAAGGUCUAGCAGUGGGAAUAACGUUCUUCCAUGGAUUUACAGCAUAUUGGUAAAUCACAGUCAUGAUAUCAUGUCCCAAAAGUCUGAAACCCAGAUGCUUAGCUCCUUGUUGAAGGUUACCAAAUCCAGAGGGGCAGCUAUUCAGCCCUUGUUACAAUUAUCAGGUCGUUUGCAACUUGUGAUGGCACAGAUUGACAAGGCAACCCACGCAAAAACUCAAAUGUCAUCACACAAGCACGAAAUGGAUGAAAGCGAAGAUGACGAUGAAGAUGUAAACGAAAUUCACUAUGGGGAAGAAAACGAUGAUUCUGACAUAAGCAGUGAUGAUGAUCAGUAGGAUUUUGUGAGAGGAGGACAGAAAGGCUCGAUGCGGUGCAAUCUGUUCAACACCCCCGUCCGUUAAUCAGGCAACUUUUAAUGCUCGGUUUCUGGCCCUGUCCAGGUUCAACACCCACAGUUUUGUUUUCCUCCGGGGUUACCCCUCUACCCAUUACUAUGGUGAAGAAAUAGAUUUCUCCAAGAUAUCAAUUAUAAUUUUCUUUCUUCUAACGGUUUCUCUGUAAUAGCAUAAACACAAGUGCAUCAGUGUGUAUAUUGUGUGACUUGCAAAAAGCACAAGCGUUUUUGUAUAAAUUGUGUUACCGCGUACUAUUUAUCUUGCUGGUAAUUGUAUGUUUCAUUCA